GGAGCGGCGCCGGGUUGAACGGGGCACUGCGCAUGCGGAGCUCCAAAUUCAAACAGCUGUUUCCAGAGGCUGGAGGGCGGGUGGGACCGGGAGCCGCGGGGGUUAGCUGAGGCAUUCUCCUUCUCCAGGAGGUGGCCUCUCGGGAGCCAUGGUGGACCGGGGCCCUCUGCUCACCUCGGCCAUCAUCUUCUACCUGGCCAUCGGGGCGGCGAUCUUUGAGGUGCUGGAGGAGCCGCACUGGAAAGAGGCCAAGAAAAACUACUAUACGCAGAAACUGCAUCUGCUCAAGGAGUUCCCGUGCCUGGGCCAGGAGGGCCUGGACAAGAUUCUGCAGGUGAUAUCUGAUGCUGCAGGACAGGGUGUGGCCAUCACAGGGAACCAGACCUUCAACAACUGGAACUGGCCCAACGCAAUGAUUUUUGCAGCCACGGUCAUUACCACCAUCGGCUAUGGCAACGUGGCCCCCAAGACCCCCGCCGGGCGCCUCUUCUGUGUCUUCUAUGGUCUCUUUGGGGUGCCGCUCUGUCUGACGUGGAUCAGUGCCCUGGGCAAGUUCUUCGGGGGACGUGCCAAGAGGCUGGGCCAGUUCCUCACCAAGAGAGGCGUGAGCCUGCGCAAGGCGCAGAUCACGUGCACGGCCAUCUUCAUCCUGUGGGGCGUGCUGGUCCACCUGGUGAUCCCACCCUUUGUGUUCAUGGUGACCGAGGAGUGGAACUACAUCGAGGGCCUCUACUACUCCUUCAUCACCAUCUCCACCAUCGGUUUCGGCGACUUCGUGGCCGGUGUGAACCCCAGCGCCAACUACCACGCCCUGUACCGCUACUUUGUGGAGCUCUGGAUCUACCUGGGGCUGGCCUGGCUCUCCCUCUUUGUCAACUGGAAGGUGAGCAUGUUUGUGGAGGUGCACAAGGCCAUUAAGAAGCGGCGGCGGCGCCGGAAGGAGUCCUUCGAGAGCUCCCCACACUCCAGGAAGGCCCUGCAGGUGGCAGGGGCUGCGGCGUCCCAGGACGUCAACAUCUUCAGUUUUCUGUCGAAAAAGGAGGAGACUUACAACGACCUCAUCAAGCAGAUCGGGAAGAAGGCGGUGAAGACGGGCGGGCGUGGGGAGCGGGCCGCAGGGCCGGGCCUGGGGCCCCAGGGGCCUGGGCUGACAGCCCUGCCCACCUCCCUGACCCCCUCGGUGGUCUACUCCGAGAACCGGGUGCCCAGCUUGGAAGAGGUGUCCCAGACGCUGAGGAGCAAAGGCCAUGUGUCUCGGCCGCCCGGCGAGGAGGCCGGGGCGGGGCCCCCCGAGGAGGGCUCCCCGACCUCUGAGGUGCUCGCUAACCAGCUGGACCGCAUUAGCGAGGAGGGUGAGCCGUGGGACGCCCAGGACUACCACCCGCUCAUCUUCCAGAACGUCAGCAUCACCUUUGUGAACGAGGAGGCCGGCCUCUCGGACGAGGACACCUCCAGGUCCUCACUGGAGGGCAACCUGGCUGGGGAGGAGGGGCCCCAGGAGGGGGCCACGGCCGAGGUGCCCCUGAACCUGGGCGAGUUCCCCUCGUCGGAUGAGUCCACCUUCACCAGCACUGAGUCAGAGCUCUCCGUGCCUUACGAGCAGCUUAUGAACGAGUAUAACAAGGCAAACUGCCCCAAAGGCACGUGAGGUGGGGCCGGCUCCCCACCCCACCUUCCAUGGCUUCUCUUCUCCUCAAUCUGGGGUGUCCUACUGUGGCUGGGACCCUGGCCCCUGGUGGGGUGUGGCCCUGGAACUGGGAGUAGGGGGCCAGGGGCCUUCCUCACCUUCAUCCCCUGCAGCUAGAUGCUACCGGUCAGACAUGGUGCACCCAGGACAGGGCCUCUGUUCAUCAGCGGAACGGGCACCCUGGCAGCGGG